AUGCCGGUUCUUAUUCCCAGAGCUCUGCAGGGAUUGUAUUUUCUAUGUGAGCCAAUAGCUGACGGGUCUUUUGGCAAGUUAUAUCUCGCUAUUCACGCUCUAACGCGUCAACAUGUUGCAAUAAAGAUAAUCGAAAAAAAGAAACUUGGGGUUGUCUCUGGAGCGGAAGUCUUUCGCGUACGUGGAGAAAUUGAGGCCCUCAAACGGCUUUCUCAUCCCAAUAUUUACUCUCUUUAUCAGGUCAUCGAAACAGAUGGCACCUUCUACCUCAUUUUGGAGUAUGUUCCUGGUGGUGAGCUGUUUGAUUAUAUCCUGCACAAUGGAAGUCUACAGGAGUCACAUGCUAGGGUUUUGUUCCGACAGCUCGUUUCUGCAAUUGGCUAUUCCCACUCAAGGGGUAUAGCUCAUCGUGACCUUAAACCAGAGAACAUAUUGCUGAAAGAUGAGCAGAACAUUCGUGUCAUUGAUUUUGGUCUCUGUGCGAAGAACGCAGACAAUAAAUUUCUUACUACGUACUGUGGAUCUCUGGCCUAUGCUGCUCCUGAAGUUCUUCAAAAUCAGGAGUACAACGGCCCUGCGGCCGACAUCUGGUCCAUGGGAGUCAUACUCUACGCUAUUCUCUGUGGCUCCCUACCCUUCGAUCCAUCUAAACCCGAGAAGUUACCUAAACUCAUUAUGAAGGGUCAGUACACUAUGGAUGAAUCAUUGAGUGCUACUGGUCGCGAUCUCCUCGCUCAAAUGCUUUGCGUUGACCCCACUGCAAGGAUCAGUAUGGUAGAGCUCAGUACUCACCCUUGGGUCAUGCAUGGUUUCGAUACGCCCAUCGAUAUUUUUUGCGCCGAGAUGAAGCUUGAUGCUCCCCUGAAUCAGGAUAUUGUGCGGGAGAUAUCUCUCUACACCCGCAUACCUUACGUGGAGAUGACUCGUAUGCUGCGCAAGCGUCCGUACGAUUACCUUAUGGCGACCUACCUAAUAAUGCAGCGUCUCUACGUGGAGGAGGACAUCCUCCUCCUCCUCCAGCGUCGGUCUCAAAAUCCACGCUCUAUCGCCGGCAGCGAAGAGAGCACUACCUCCGCACCGUUACAACCUCGAUUGCGUUACUCUCUUCGACCCCAUCGCCAUGUUUGUACCACUACAUCAAACUCCGAGGCUCUUCGCUCUCAUGCCAAUUCGAAAUCAUCUGCUGACGCUGCAACUUCGGUACCGACACCAAUAACACACAAAAGCGCUCUCACUGACAACAACAUGGCGAACCAAACAGGGAUUCUUGUACCUCCUGUGUCGUCAAAACGAAGUGUUGGUCUCCAGACUCCCUCAAGGAAGGAAGUUCCCCAAAUCGUCACUCUAUCACCCGGCCGUUCUGUUGAUUCUCAACUCAAUCAGCUGACCAAAGAUCUGCGUCUCAGCAAUCCUGACGACUACAGUUCUCGUCCACCCUCAGAGCAAUUAUUUCCACAAGAGGAAGUUCAGGUGGAUGUAGACGUGGAGGAGGUGAAGGGGGACACCAAGACAGCCAAUAGCGCUGGAGAUUUGCUAAAUAUUGGCUUUAGAGUCUACGAUACAACGGCAGGAACGACCGCUAUGGCUGGUGACUUCCGAGGGAGUGAUCAGUCUCUCUCAAGUGUAAUCAAUAGUAGCGGGAGCGGAGGUGCAUGCCUCUUGCGUAACAUCAUUCUGGCUCGAAAGGCCUCCUCUAACGCUCCUACUUCCAUUACUCCUAACACACCGGCGUUGUCUUUGACAAUCAACGGGGCACAACCGACUUUGGUUUCGAGUAAACUGAAGAAGAUCCGCGUAGGUGGUAUUGGCAGUGGUAAUAACAGCAACAACAAUGUGAUGCUUGCGAGACCGGAACUCUCGGCUGGGGAAGUGUUGGAUCGCAUCUCGGAGUCCUUGAGACAGAACUCUAUUCGAUUUACGCUGAAGCGACACGGCUUUAUCUGCACCUUUGCCAACGACUGGGGUCGUACUCUACUUGAAUUUGCGAUAGAGGUGGUUUCGGUGGUUGGAAAACCAAGCCUAUCGAAGCGAUUCCACCUUCCACCACCCAAAAAGUCAAGCAGCGGGAACAACCAGCCAUCGGUGGGUCAUCGAUCUGGGCGUAGUCCUUCCACCGAAUCCGGCCAUCAGCUUGACCAAAUCGGGAUUAAGAUCAAGCGUCUUCAAGGCGAUGCAUUUACAUAUGCUAGUAUAUGUCGAACGGUUUUGAAUCAGGCAGGGGUGAAGAUGUUUACUUCGUCCUAG